AUGGAGACAGCGACGGGGAGUCGGUUGUUAGGUGAGGUUGUUGAGAUGAGCCUCGAAGACGUCCUUCGAAGCUUGCGCUCUUCACUCCCGACAGACCCCAAUCGCUUGAGCAGUCGGGAUCAGGUCCCGCAUCAACCUCAAAUCCUGCCAAACAAACUUACGCAUAUAUCAGAACUUGAUGAUAUCACAGCAGCUCACUUUCAUGCUACAAAAUCUGCUGGUCUCGGCAUAUCUGGCCGUCAUCUGCCACUACUAUACAGGCUCAUAUCAAACCUCAUCACCCCUCCGCACCUUUACGCCCUUCUGGUCAUCGAUAUUGAAGGUCGUUUUGAUGCCACGCGCCUGACUUGUUCGCCAUCUCAUUUGCAACAUGUCUACGUCCACCGCCCAGCACGAAGUGACCCAGACAAUACUCGUGCUCUCGUAGCCGAUGCAGAGGACAUUCUUCUCUAUGGAAGUGUCGCAAAGGCGAGUGCCGGUCGCGAAUGGUGGGGGACUAUCGUUCUGGGUGGUGUUGGAGCUGGUGAUAUCACAACAGGCUGGAAGGGAUGGCUUCGUAUUGAGCGCGAGAGCGUCCGUGGCUUUGCACCGGGCAUCAGCGCAGAGGAAGCUUUGGACCACAAGAGGCAGAGACAAGAUAUUGUCGAUGCAGCUGGCUGGGCUGCUACCUCGCAGUGGGGAGGUUUCGUCUUCAGAGAGGCUCAUGAGAAAGUGUCGGAAGAGGAUGCGGAUCCAGAGCAACCCUUGGGUAUUGUUGAGCGAGAUGAGAGCGCCCGAGACUGA